GAAGGCCAAGACCUAGAACGGGUCCAAAUGUACAAAUACCUCGGGGCUUGGGUAAAUGAAGAAUGGGACUGUGGACAAGAAAUCCGAACCCGGAUUGAAAUUGCUCGAGCCAGCCUUAAAAGGAUGGAGAAGGUUUUGUGCAGCCGUAAGCUUUCGAUAGAGCUCAGGGUAAGAUUACUCCACUGCUAUGUCUGGCCGGUAGUUUUGUACGGUAGUGAAUCUUGGACUCUAAAAGCCGAUACUCAGAAACGUCUCGAAGCCUUUGAGAUGUGGUGCUAUCGUAGAAUGCUCCGCAUUAGCUGGACACAGAAAGUUUCUAACGUGAGAGUACUCCAACGCGUCGCCAGAAGCCGGGAGUUACUGCUUAUCAUUAAGAAGCGUAAGGUCGAGUAUCUGGGCCACGUUCUGAGACAUGAGCGAUACCAGCUGCUCCGGCUCAUAAUGAUGGGCAAAGUAGAGGGCAAACGACGUGUUGGAAGGAGGAAGAAGUCGUGGUUGCGCAACAUCCGUGAAUGGACCAAUGUUGAAAGCGUGGAAGUAUUGUUUCGCUUGGCGCAAGACCGCGAGAAGUUCGCUGAGCUGACGUCCAACCUCCAGUAGU